AUGAGACCCGACACUGGGUCUGACAACAGUGACGAAGAAAUCAGCCAGAUCUGGAAUGCAGUCCAGUCAGCUUUGUCCCAAACCAAUGUUGACCACCGCUUCAUCCUGGCAAUCCUUCUUCAGGAAUCCAACGGCUGCGUUCGAGUCCGCACGACCGAGAACGGUGUGCGCAACCCAGGGUUGAUGCAGGCCCAUGACGGCGGCUUUGCAUCAAUGGAAACAUCCAGACUCCGUGGCCCGCUUUUGAGAUCGACGGGAUGGUCCUUGACGGUGUUGCUGGGACUUUGA